AUGGCUUCCAUCGCCCCAGCAGCCAAACUGGCCGUCCUCAUCGAUGCAGACAAUGCCAGCGCCUCCAUGAUCUCCUUCGUCCUCGCUGAAUUCGCAAAAUACGGCACAACCUUUGUCAAACGCGCAUACGGCGACUGGACCAGCAACCGCUUGAACGGAUGGAAACCGCAGCUUCUCAACAACUCGAUUCAUCCUAUGCAACAGUUUGCAUAUACCUAUGGGAAAAACGCCACAGACUCAGCGAUGAUCAUAGACGCUAUGGAUUUGCUAUAUUCUAGCAAAUUCGAUGGUUUCUGUAUCGUUUCGAGUGACAGCGAUUUUACGCGUCUUGCGUCGCGGAUCAGAGAGUCCGGGUUGGUGGUUUAUGGGUGUGGAGAACGCAAGACGCCGAAGCCGUUUGUCACGGCGUGUGAUAAGUUCAUUUACGUUGAGAAUCUUGUGCCGAGAUCUGGGACUCCGUCGAUUGAGGCUGAUGUUGCGGGGUCGUCGACUGCGAUACCGCUCAAUGGGGUAUCGCUGAGCGAGAGACCUCCUCGCGGCCACGCUCCAAUAUCGGCGUUUUCAAAGGGUAAAGGUCUUUCGAUGGACCCGCCUGCGCCUGCAAGAGGCUUGCUUCCUGAAAGAACUGAUUUCCAGAAGGAUAGGGCUGAACCGCGGGGGAAGGUCAAUGGUGAAUCAUCCGCAGGCCCAUCUAGUGCACAGAAAAACAAAGCCGAGCCCUCUGACGCAACCUUAUAUAGCCCACAAAAUGGCAAGCGAAAAAGACUCGACUCCGACCCCAACGGCCCUACACCAACAAAACGCCGAUUAUCAUCCCCCGAGCAGCCAGGCGAAGUGCAGCCUGAACAGCGACCCGUCGAUGAUCAAGUCAUAGAAUGGCUUCGUGAGGCGGUUGAAGCAAGAACGGGCGAAGAUGGGUGGGCUGGCCUUGCGCCUGUUGGAAUGCUUAUGAACAGAUGGCACCCUGAUUUUGAUGUUCGAACGUACGGGUUCAAGAAGCUUCAUGAGCUCAUGGCGUCAACAGGGCUAUUUGAGAUUAUGGAUCAGCGUCCUGGGGAGGGCAAGCCGAUUGUCAAGUAUGCGAGGUACCUUACUGACAAGGACGAUGUAGGUUCGGCUGACUCACCUAGGGAGGGAAGCAAAGAAAACUUGGGAUCUUAA